CCAUGCUGUUGAAGUUGAAGUUGAAGUCUCUGCUCGAAGGCCAUCCUCAGUUUGGUAUUUCCCGAGAUACUCACAUUUUCCGGUCCAGGAGCUCAAGGAGUCCAGAAAUGGCACCUCCGAUACUUUCCUUGGCUUUGCCCUCCGAGACCGGUCGAGUUCUCAGUAUUCAAUCUCACACAGUUCAGGGAUAUGUUGGAAAUAAAUCAGCUGUCUUCCCUCUCCAACUAUUAGGCUAUGAUGUGGAUCCAAUUAAUUCAGUGCAAUUCUCAAACCACACAGGAUACCCAACUUUUAAGGGCCAAGUUUUGAAUGGACAACAGCUAUGGGACUUGAUAGAAGGCCUUGGAGCAAAUGAUUUAUUGUACUACACUCAUUUAUUAACAGGUUAUAUUGGUUCGGUUUCUUUUUUGAACACUGUGUUGGAAGUUGUUAAUAAGCUUCGUUCCAUAAACCCGGAACUUACAUAUGUAUGUGAUCCAGUGAUGGGUGAUGAAGGAAAGCUCUAUGUCCCUCUAGAGCUAGUAUCAGUAUAUCGCGAAAAGGUUGUCCCAGUGGCUUCAAUGUUGACGCCCAACCAGUUUGAAGCAGAACAGUUGACUGGUUUCAGGAUUGGCUCUGAAAGAGAUGGCCGGGAAGCUUGCAACAUCCUUCAUGCUGCCGGGCCAUCAAAGGUUGUGAUUACAAGCAUAAAUAUAGAAGGCAAUCUUCUUCUUAUUGGCAGUCAUCAGAAGGAAAAGGAUCAAUCUCCUGAGCAAUUUAAGAUCGUUAUUCCCAAAAUUCCCACAUAUUUUACGGGAACAGGAGAUCUUAUGACUGCUCUUCUACUUGGUUGGAGCAAUAAAUAUCCUGACAACCUUGACAAGGCAGCAGAGCUUGCAGUAUCAAGUUUGCAGGCACUUCUGCAGAGAACACUGAAUGAUUAUAGAAGUGCCGGACACGAUCCCCAGUCAAGCAGUUUGGAGAUUCGUCUGAUUCAAAGCCAGGAAGAUAUUCGCAAUCCACAAGUUAAAUUCAAAUCUGAAAAAUACAAAUAAAUUCUUUAGCUUAUCAAGUACAAAUUACCAGAUGCUCGUGGCAUAGGUUAUAAAAAGAAAACGUGGUUUCUUUCCCUAUUGUUCUUUUCCAUAGACAAAAGGUUUAUAUUGCUCUUAAUUGUCGAAGAACUGUAUAAAAAACCUCAAAUUUUGCUUGGACUAGAUAGACAAAUUGGGACGACUGAGGGUCGGUUCUUUUGAUUAAGUUAUUUUUUGCUUCGAUAUUC